CUCGCCCCACUCCGCCCGGCCCUGCCGCGCCGCAGCCGGCAUCAUCGUGGCGGGACUGCCCGGGGAUGCAGCCGCGCUAAGAACAAAAGCCCCUCUGCCACGGUCACGCUCCGGGGCUCUAAAGCGGCCCGGCCCAGCCAAACUUGGAUCUCUGCCCCUCUCCGCCGAAGCCGCGGAGGCGUCCGGAUUGAACUCGCCGGAGCCUUCGCCGCGGCAGAGCCCGAGAGCCGGGGCUCCCCAGCCCCGCUUCGCGCCGUCCCGCCGGGGCUGCCCGGGGAGGGACGGACGGAGGGAAGGAAGGGGCCGCGCCCCGGACCCGGCACCGCCGCCUCAGAGGGACCCCGGCCGCCUCCCCGCUGCGGGACCUUGGCUUUGCCCUUCGCACGGCAGGUGGCGGGGCCAGCGGAGAAGGAUGCGUUUCUUCCCGUGGGGAUUUUGGCUGCUGUGUGUCGCCUCCGCCCCGGCUCGCGGUGACAGCGGCGGCAAGGCUAGGAGCUGCGCCGAGGUCCGGCAGCUGUAUGGGGCCAAGGGCUUCAGCCUCAGCGGCGUGCCCCAGGCCGAGAUCUCUGGGGAGCACCUGCGAAUCUGCCCACAAGGCUAUACCUGCUGCACCAGUGAGAUGGAAGAGAACUUUGCAAACAAAAGCCGAAGUGAAUUUGAAGCCAUGAUGAAAGAGGCUGGUCGCUCUGUGCAAAUGACCCUGACAGCACAGCACAGAAGCUUUGACAGUUAUUUCCAGGAUUUGCUGAACAAGUCUGAAAAGGCCCUUUAUGAUGCUUUUCCAAGCCUGCAUGGAGAAUUGUACACUCAAAAUGUGAAGGUCUUCAAGGACUUGUACAGCGAGCUACGCCGCUAUUACCGGGGCUCCAACAUCAACUUGGAAGAGGCCCUCAAUGAGUUCUGGACACGCUUGCUGGAGAGACUCUUCAAGCUGAUGAAUCCCCAGUACCAUAUCACAGAUGAAUACCUGGACUGCAUGGUGAAACACGCGGAGCAGCACAAACCCUUUGGGGAAGUUCCCAGGGACCUGAAGGUGAAGGCAACCCGAGCUUUCAUUGCAGCACGCUCCUACGCACAGGGCUUUCUUGUGGGCAGUGACGUGGUCAAAAAGGUGUCUCAGGUAUCUCUCAGCCACGAGUGCACUCGAGCCAUCAUGAAGCUGAUGUACUGCCCGCACUGCAGGGGCAUGUCCAGCGUGAAGCCAUGCAACAACUACUGCCUGAACGUCAUGAAGGGCUGCCUGGCCAACCAAGCAGACCUGAACACCGAGUGGAAGUACCUGAUGGAUUCCCUGGUCGUAGUGGCUGAUCGGAUUGACGGACCAUACAACGUGGACACUGUAAUAGGGACCAUUCACAUGAGGAUCUCUGAAGCUAUUUCUAACUUGCAAGAAAACAAAGAUUCGAUCACAGCCAAGGUUUUCCAAGGCUGUGGAAAUCCCAAAAUCAGCACAAAAGGCUCCAGCAGUGAGGACAAGAGAAGGUGGGGGAAAGUCGCAUUGGAAGCAAAGUCCUCUGCACAAGCACUGGAGAUGCUGGUUUUAGAUGCCAAAGGGAAUCUGACAGCUCUCAAGACUUACUGGAUCACCCUGCCUGGCAGCCUGUGCAGCAAAAAAAUAAUGGCCAGCUCAGUGGCAGAUGACAAGUGUUGGAAUGGGAUGACCAAGGGCAGUUACCUGCCUGAAGUGAUGGGGGACGGCUUAGCUAAUCAGAUUAACAACCCAGAGGUAGAGGUGGACAUCACCAAGCCAGAUAUGACCAUUCGCCAGCAAAUCAUGCAGCUAAAGAUCAUGACAAACCGGCUGGGCAAUGCUAACAUUGGGAAUGACGUGGAUUUCCAAGACGCAAGUGAUGACAUGAGCGGCUCUGGGAGUGGUGACAGUUGUCCCGACGAUGUCUGUGGCAAAAGACUCUCUAAGAGCCCCAGCACCAGGCAGCCAGAAACGCACGCUAUUCCUAAGCAGUCCGGACAUGGCAUCAAUGGGGCCAGCAGCAGAUCUUUGCCUUCUGCCUUCCUUCUCCUCCUUUCGGUGGCUUUCCUUGCCGUGCAGCACUUGUGGCGGUAACUCACUAGCACAGCCAGGAAAGAGACUGUGGCCGAGGGCUUCACUUCGCCAAAACCAACCAACCAACAACCAAAGGACGUAUUUAAUUCACCUUGGCAAAAAAAAAGAAAAACAGAAAAAAAGAAAAAAGAGUAAGAGGGAGGAGAAAAAGGUUUCAGUUUUGUGCUA